AUGGAAAAAGACGGCAAGCAGGGCUCCAGCGUGGAGUCAGCCGUGGUGUCGGUGGAUGGAACGCAACAGCCAUUCCAGAAAUAUGACGAAAGCACUUUGUUCAACCGGUUCACCCGGUCGUUCCAGAGGCCGGAGGCCGUGGCCAAGGACCAGGACGUGGACAUGGAGCUGCUGACCGAGGAACAGCGCCGCAACUACGUGCUGGCCAACCAGCCUUUCCAAAAGACUUUGGCACAGCGUCACUUGAUGAUGAUUUCGAUCGGAGGAACGCUCGGUACGGGUCUGUUUAUCGGGCUGGGAUUUUCACUGUCGUCCGGUCCAGGUUCGCUGUUGAUCGGGUUUAUGAUCGUGGGAAUUAUGAUGUUCUGUGUGGUGCAAAGCGCCGCCGAGCUGGCAUGUCAGUAUCCCGUCUCGGGGUCGUUCUCGACUCACGUGACGCGAUUCAUGGAGCACUCGAUCGGAUUCACGGUAUCCACGAACUAUGCGCUCGCGUGGCUCAUCUCCUUUCCGUCUGAAUUAAUUGGUUGCGCCAUUACCAUAAAAUACUGGAACGACACAGUAAACCCUGCGGUCUGGGUUGCUAUUUUUUACGUUUUCAUCAUGAGUUUGAAUCUGUUUGGUGUUCGUGGUUACGGUGAGGCUGAAUUCUGGAUGUCGCUCUUCAAAGUCGUUGCGAUUGUCAUAUUUAUCAUUAUCGGAAUUGUACUCAUCUCGGGUGGAGGUCCUCACUCGACCGGCUAUAUCGGAACCAAGUAUUGGCACGAUCCCGGUUCGUUUGCCGAGCCUGUGUUCAAAGGGCUGUGUAACACUUUUGUCUCAGCAGCUUUUUCGUUUGGUGGUGCUGAGCUCGUGGUCUUGACUGCAUCCGAAUCUCGCAAGGUCGAAUCAGUGUCCCGCGCUGCCAAAGGUACUUUCUAUAGAAUUGCCAUCUUCUACAUCACCACCGUUAUUAUUAUUGGAUGUUUGGUGCCAUACACCGAUGAUCGUUUAUUAGGUGGAAACAGCAGUGAAGAUUUGUCCGCGUCGCCAUUUGUGAUUGCGUUGAGUGGCCAAGGUUCCAUGGGCACCAAAGUUUCUCAUUUCAUGAACACGGUUGUUUUGAUAGCCGUCCUGUCCGUGUGCAACUCUUGUGUUUACGCUUCUUCAAGAGUCAUCCAAGCCCUUGGUGCCAGUGGCCAGUUGCCCCGUGUUUGUGGUUAUGUCGAUCAAAAAGGAAGACCUCUAACUGGUAUCAUUAUUUGUGGUAUUUUCGGCUUGCUAGGAUUUUUGGUUGCAGAUGAAGAAAAAGAGAACGAAGCCUUCACCUGGCUCUUUGCUCUGUGUUCGAUUUCGUCGUUCUUCACUUGGUUCUGUAUUUGUGCAUCGCAAGUGCGCUACCGCCUAGCGUUAAGAGCCCAAGGAAGGUCUACCGACGAAAUUGCCCACAAAUCAAUGCUUGGCAUUUAUGGCGGUAUUUUGGGAGCUGUUCUUAACGUACUUUUGAUCGCUGGUGAGAUCUAUGUGUCGGCUUCCCCAUUGGGGGAAGAGUCCAGUGCCAAACAGUUUUUCCAGUACUGUCUCAGUAUACCCAUCAUGAUUGUUGUGUACGUUGCACACCGCUUGAUUUUCAACAGAAAGAACUCGCUCCUCAUUCCCUUGAAGCAGAUUGAUCUGGACACCGGCUUGACAACUCGCGAUAUGGAGCUGUUCAAACACGAAAUCUUGGAGGACAAAGCUAGAUUAGCUGCCAAGCCACUGUACUACAGAAUUUACCGUUUCUGGUGCUAA